AUGGUUCUGUGGGAUUGCAUCGUGGUCGGUGGCGGUAUCGCCGGCUCCGUAGUUUCGAAUAGGCUACUUGAACAAGACCCGAGCUUGAAGAUCCUCCUUGUCGAAGCUGGCACCAACACCCAUGCCGUCGAGAACAUCGAAUGGAUUGACAUGAACAAUGCCAUCGGUGGCGAAUACGAUUGGGGGUUCUCUUCUGUUCCACAAACCCAUCUUGACAACCGGGAGAUUGUAUCGCCCGUCGGUAAGGGACUCGGAGGUGGCACCAUUAUCAAUGGAGCUGCUUGGGCCCGCGGACACAAGGUUGACUAUGACAUCUGGGCCGAGAGAGUUGGCGACCAAAGAUGGAGUUACGAAGGUCAACUUCCGUACAUGAAGAAGACCGAGUCGCUUUUUGACAACUUGACCAACCCUCUUUCUCACGGGCACACUGGCCCUGUCAAGGUUCAGUCACCAGGAUCCACCGGUCGCGUUUUCCCUCUCCGCGAACCCCUACUUGAGUCCUGGAGAGAGCUUGGCAUCGAUGCACUCCCUCAACUGGACAACAAUGCCGGAAACAACCUUGGUGUUGCAGACCUUCAGGAGAACAGGAAUCAAGGCAAACGCCAACUUGCUUCGCUCGUUUACUCUCUUAAAGGCAUCACGGUUCUGACAGAUAGCUUGGUCGCAAAAGUUCUUGUGGAGAAGCACCCAAAGGAUGGUCAUCUCGUUGCUCGUGGAAUCAGACUUGUGAACGGGACUGAUCUUUUGGGACGAGAGACCAUUUUGUCUGCUGGCGCGUACCGCACGCCGCAGAUCCUGAUGCUUUCAGGCAUAGGUCCCGCGGAUACCUUGCAGAAGUUUGAUAUCCCCGUCCUUCUAGAUCAACCAGCUAUUGGCCAGAACUUCCACGAUCACGUUCUGAUCCCAACGAUCUGGAAGUUGAAGGACGCAAAAGCAGGAUACGCCAAGGAGUCCGGCAAUCCCAUUUUCAACCAGUCUCAAUACGCACUGGGGGCUUUCAUCGACUUCAUGACGGUCACUUCUCUUGAGAAAGAAGGUUUGGCUGUUGCCAUUGCCGAAGACGAGGGAUCAGUCCCGGAUCCCGCUGUACAUCCGUUGCUGAAGCAAGAUCGCGCUCAUUCAUCACACUUGCUCCAGUACUCGGAGGUUUCCGCGGAUGGUUCAGCGGUCUUGAUGAUUUCGGUUGAUGCGCCGCUCAUCGACCCCAACUUCUUGGGUACCAAUGUCGACCGCUACGCUGCUAGAGAGACUAUCAGACGCAACAUCAAGUUGCUGACGUCUGAUGAAACGAUUCUGGGAAGAGAGGUGGUGGCGGGCGAGCUAGCGGCAGAGCCAUUAACAGUGAACUCCACAGACGAGCAGAUCGAUGCCCGGGUGCGCGAGAUGGCAGGAGGAUGCUACCAUCCUGCAGGCACAGCCUCCAUGGGUACUGUUGUGGAUACAGACUUGCGCGUGAUUGGGGUAUUGGGUCUUCGUGUUGUUGAUACUUCAGUGUUUCCUGUCUCCGUUUCGGCCAACCUACAAGUGGCUGUCUACGCUCUGGCAGAGCAAGCUGCUGAGAUCAUUGGAUCAACUAUGAAGAAGUGCUAA